UAACAGAGCCUGUGCGAUACAUAGUACAGUGUCAAAGCCAACCAAACGUAUGAUUAUAAGAAAUAUUUUGUAGAUCCUAGAAGAAUUUCUAAAGUGGUUGGGUCGAUAAAUUUCUUGUUAAGCAUUUUACAGUUUUAAUUUUCAUUUGACAUCAAAAGAUCACCAUGUUUCGUUCUUUUGGUUUAAAUAAGCUAGUCUCAUAUGGAUUAGCAACUCAUAAUUACCGGAUAUACGCGAGGUCAUAAAAUCUUCGUGCUCGAUCGAGCUGUUUUCCUACGUCUUCCUGAAGAAAUAAAGUUCUUGAUAUGUUAAAAAAGCUCACUGGAAAAAGAUGAUAGGUGAUAAAAUUCGAAACCACAUCCAAAGACACAACCGUUACUUGCCCAAGACAUCAACUUGCAUGGAAUGAGGCGUCUAAGAGCAUUUUCAAUGUAAAACUCCAUUUUUUCUUCUAAAAUAGAGUAAAAGUGAAAAUAGAGUAAAAUUACUACAACCCUACUUCAUUUUCCACUCUAUAAUGGAGUGAUGAACAAACAAAAAAUAGAUUACUCCAUUUAUGAAAUAAAUUUCAUUAUGGAGUGAGAUAUGAAAUUGGGUUGGAGCAUUUAUUAUUUCAUAUUCACUUUUACUUCUUUUCCUUUCCUUGCAUGUUUUCCUUCUUCAGCUAUGUUCCAAAUUUCUGCAUCAUGAGUUGGCGAGUUCUAGUGUGUGUCCAUCGAAUAGAUGUCUUUACAACUAAACUCUUUCUCACUCAGCGUUUUCCGAAUGUACUUAUACUAUUCAAAGAAACAUGUUCAGUUGAUCCUAUGUUGUUUCUACUCCUUUGUUUCUCUAUCUAUAUUAGGUCAUCAAAAGUUGCCAAACAGAACAUGAUUCAAAAAAAAAGGUCUGGAAUAUACGACAUUUUCAAAUGGUGGGCACUAGCCGGAAGAUAAAAGCUGAUUUGUAGAUUCAUUUUCAUGCGACUGUUUUAAACUUUGAAUUAAAUUAAAUAAUUCAACAGUCCAUAAAAGUAUUUCUACUGCUGGUAGAAAUCUCUGUAUAGUCUUAUGCUUGCACAUUCGUCUGUCUUUUUACUCUUUACACAAAAAUAAUUAAUGGCUGCUAAACUUAUGAACACAAAACUACGUCGUUUCCUGAUUUACAUGGCCAUUAACUGUGUUUUGUCUCAAAGCUAAAGUGGCUUUGGUUCCAAACUUCCAGUAGAUCUAACGCUUGUCUUUGUCCCAUCUUCUUCCCUCCUCUUACACUGAGAAUUACGCCGGCGAUUAAAUGGCGCUGGCGUCGAUCGGCGCGACGGUCUCACUCCUAAUCUAUCUCUCUCUUCCAUGUUCAAAUGCGUCAGGUUCUCCCGCCGCUGGAUCACGCCGUCCGAUGGUGUUCCCGUUGUUUCUCUCUCAACCCAAUUCUUCGAGAUCUAUGUCUCUUCUCCAUCGAAAGCUCCACUCAAAAUCACUCCCUCACUCUCGCAUGAGACUCUACGACGAUAUUCUUCUUAACGGGUAUUACACGACACGGCUGUGGAUCGGUACACCCCCACAGAUGUUUGCUCUCAUUGUUGAUUCCGGCAGUACUGUCACUUACGUUCCUUGUUCCGACUGUGAACAAUGUGGCAAACAUCAGGACCCAAAGUUUCAGCCGGAGAUGUCCACCACGUACCAACCAGUGAAGUGCAACAUGGACUGUCACUGUGACGACGAGAAAGAACAAUGCCUUUACGAGCGAGAGUACGCCGAACACAGCAGCAGCAAAGGCGUCCUCGGAGAAGAUCUUAUAUCGUUCGGGAACGAAAGCCAGCUUACACCGCAACGAGCUGUGUUCGGCUGUGAGAAUGUGGAGACUGGUGAUCUCUAUAGUCAACGUGCUGAUGGCAUUAUCGGGUUAGGACAGGGAGAUCUCAGUCUUGUUGAUCAGUUGGUGGAUAAAGGUUUGAUCAGCAACUCUUUUGCUUUGUGUUAUGGAGGGAUGGAUCUUGGUGGAGGCUCCAUGGUUCUUGGUGGGUUUGCUUACCCGUCUGAUAUGAUGUUCACGGACUCUGACCCUGAUCGUAGUUCAUACUACAAUAUAGAUUUGACGGGGAUACGUGUCGCUGGGAAGGACUUGUUGCUGGACUCGAGAGUGUUUGAUGGAGAACAUGGCGUUGUUUUGGAUAGUGGUACAACGUAUGCUUACCUCCCUGACGCAGCGUUUUCAGCUUUUGAGGAAGCUUUAAUGAGAGAAGCUUCCCCGUUAAAGCAGAUUGAUGGCCCUGAUCCGAACUUUAAAGAUACUUGCUUCCUUGUUGCUCCAAGCAACGAUGCGUCUGGACUUUCAAAGAUACUUCCAUCAGUGGAAAUGGUGUUUAAGAGUGGACAGUCAUGGCUUUUGUCCCCUGAAAACUACUUGUUUCGACAUUCCAAGGUGCAUGGUGCAUACUGUCUUGGUGUAUUCCCAAAUGGAAAAGACCAUACAACUCUUUUAGGAGGAAUUGUGGUUCGCAACACACUUGUUGUGUAUGAUCGUGAGAAUUCUAAGGUUGGAUUCUGGAGAACCAAUUGUUCUGAGUUAUCAGAUAGGCUUCAUAUUGAUGAUUCAGCACCACCACCUGCCACAUUGCCUUCAAAUGAUUCAAAUCCAACCCUCAACACAUCAAGCAGUCUCCCAGGAGGGGAGAUUCAGAUUGGUCAAAUAAAUCUUGAUAUCCAACUAACAGUCAAUUCGUCAUAUCUGAAACCUCGCAUGGAAGAACUCUCCAAGGUAUUAUCCAAGGAGCUGGAUGUCAAAUCUUCACAGGUCUAUAUAUCGAACCUCACCUCCAAAGGAAACAACUCUCUCAUUGGAAUAGUUGUUGUUCCUACUGAACCUUCUGGCUUUUUUUCCAAUGUCACAGCAACGAGCAUAGUUUCUCGGUUUACCAAUCAUCAAAUCAAGCUUCCUGACAUCUUUGGAAACUACGAGCUCGUUAGUUACACACUCGAGCCUUCAAGAAAAGGGUACAACACACUCAUUCUUAACCUUAAAAAAAGAAGAGAUUGUCUCAAAAGAAAAGUCUCUUUUUUUUUUGCAUUUGGUUUUAGGGCAAGAUGGGUGAUGAAAAACACCAUUGUGGUGAUGGCAAUAGUGAUCGUUGCUGUAGUUGUUGUUGGCUUAAUAGCUUAUGGAGUCUGGUUGAUGUGGAAACGCAAACAAGCAUCAAAUCCAUAUAUACAUGUAGAUGAAGCCAUAGUCGCUGAGCAAGAGCUGCUACCUUUAUAAAAAAAAUAACCCUCCUAGUACCUUGUUUUCCUCAACCUUAUCAUACAAACUGUUUGGUCUUUACUCAAAAGACAGGAUACCAACUGUCUUUUAUUUUUAUGGCAAAGGAUACCAACUGUCUUUAUGAUCUUUUUUUUUUUGCUUAGUAAAUAAUACCAAGUUUACUA